AUGAGCCUUAGUCACAUACAUCAAGAAAAUAAUUAUUCAAGUGAAAUUGUGAAUUAUUAGCUUGAUCAAUUAUUGAGUGACUUUGAACACAUUUAAAAACUGACUAAAAUCAGGGGUAACGAUUCGCCAUUUUUAAAGUGCUGCACUUACUGCAAAAUUCACCAUGAUUAUGACAGUGAACAUAAUUUAGUUGUAACUUAAUACACAGACUCACAAUUUAUCAGUGAUCUAAUCUCAGAACAUGACACUCUCUACAAAAUUUGCAAAUGGGCGCAUGACAGCAUUGAAAAAUAACCAAUCAGAGACUCAAUGUCACCAUAAGAUAAAGCAUGGAGUCAUAUUUUAUCUAAGAAUUACAAUGAAGUGUAUCAAUAUUUAAGUGAUGAAGAAGAAUGCAUUCUAAAUUCUUUGAAGCCUUUUGGAUCAGGAGAGAAAUUAUUUGACUUCAUGGAGUUAUCAAAAUACCAAAAUGAGAAUUGGGUCCUCACUCUUGAGUUGCUUUAAAAAGCCACAUAAAGAGCCCCUUAUGAUAAUAAUAAAUUAUAUUUAUGGGCAACCUGCUAAAGUGUAGAAUGGUAAAGUGGCAUUUCUUAAUUCAAUGAAGACUUAUGGUUGAAUGUCAGAGCGGAACUAUUUUAUAAAGUCAUGAGUAAACAUAAUGAAAUCUAUCCCAAAAUGAUAAAAUGCAUCAAUUUCGGCAUCAAUAAGCCGUUCAUCUAGCAGCCCAAAUUUUAUGAACUGAAUUGUGGUUACAUGAAUGACGAGAUAGAUAGAAUUGGUAAGAAAUUCAUCAUCGAAAUCAUAAAAUAUAUUACAUCAAAGAACAAUAUAUUCCAAUUCACAUAACUCAUUAGGGACUCCCUUAUCACACUGCAAGCAAAAACUAAUGAUCUGAAGUAGGCAGCUCUGAGAUCCGUAUGUUACUUCAACAUAGCACUAAUGAUUUCAGAUUUAUUGGAUGUCGACUUAGACAAUGAAUUCCAUUUGUUGGAUUUGAUAAAGGAGAUUGUAGAAUUGAUUGAAUAAGAAUUCAUAGAUCGAAACACAAAAUUAUAAUACUUGAUUCAACUCUUAAGUAUUUUGAAUCGACAGAAGGCGUUUCAAUAUUUUAUUUCUACAGUUUGCCAAAAUAUAAUUCAGUCCUAAGGAGACUCUCUAAGGUCUCUUCUAAAUUACCUGACUGAUUUUCAAUUUGAUAGAGAUUUUAUCACGAAUUUGGCAUUUGAAUAAUUCCCCAAAUUAAGUCCUUACCAGUAAAAUGAGUUGCUGUCAAAAGAAUUUUAGAUAUACUUCUCAUAGAAUUCUCUAUAACAUUAGGUUAAUAGUUUACUUCCAUACAUAAUUGAGAAUAUCGAAAAUUUCAAGGAUACCUUUAGAUUUCUGUUAAAGGAAUAUUAGAGUUUUCUAUAGUAGGAGAGCGAGUACUUUGAGGUGUAUAUUAAAGAAGAAAUUGAGUAAAUGUUAAAUUAUUUGAAAAACAAAAAAAUUCCCCCUUAUUGGUUUGCGAAGUACAUUUAGUUCAUUUUAAGUAAUCCAAAUGAAAAUUAAAUGUAAAUCUUUGGAAUAAUGGAGGCGAUCAAACUGAAUGAUCAAUUAUUUAUAAAUUUGUCCAUAAAAAGAGAGUUACUAGCCUAACUUGCAAAAAAGCUGACAUCGAUCAAAUCAUUUGUUAAUCAUUUGCUCUAAUGA